AUGGGCAGUGCCAAAAUAGCUGAGUGUGAACCUUUCCUGUGGAUACCAGGAGUCUGUGCCCAUGUCAGCAUGGCACUGCCGCUGUGACACCAGUGUUCGCAGCAUGGCCGUGAGCUGGGAUACACCACCAGUCUUACGCGGCCAAGCACUUCCAAAACCCAUGUUAGACCAAGUGAUGUCCAUUCUGCAAGCCUGAUGUUGGCAUGGGGGACUUCUUGGCUGUCAUGGAGCUCUCUGCCUGUUGCACCACACCUUGCUGUUCGUUGGUGUGCAGUGUCUCACACUGGCUUAACUCUUUCUCUUCAUCCUUCUGUUUUGCCAUUUCAGUCUUUCCCUUCCAAUUUUUAUCUCUCCCUUGCUUUUAGCCUCUUUUUUCCAUCCUUAGUUCUCAUUAGGAUCCACCUUUAUCAGAUGCUUUCCCAUGCUUGACUCAAACUGUCUUUAAUGUGCAUCCUCUCCCCUUGUUUCUUCCCACCACAGAGCAAGCAGACAGUUUGUGAUGAAGUGCAACUUCUGCCAGUACAUGGGAUCAGACAUCAGUCCUUAUGUAUUCUAGCUGUGGACCAGCAGUGUAAUCUGGGGGGACGGGGAAACACUGCACCCUUGUGCUCUAUCUGCAGUGCAAUGGCAGGUGUACUGCAUUACUCUGGGGAGUGCAAACCCUUCCACCAGGCUUUGCACAUGCCCUCGGGAUGCUGUAAAGCAGCCUGACUCUGAUGGGGACCAGCAUCCCCUGCUUACACCAGCUGGGGAAAAGCAUGCUGCUGCAAUGCCACCACACCAGCCCUUGCAGCGCUGGGAGGAUCGGACGUCCUCGUGCCACAGAACAGAGCUGACGAACUGGCGUGAAUUACAGCGUCUGUCCUGUCCCUCUCUCUCUCCCCAUCUGCGUACUCACCCGCUGGCAGUUACUCAGCAGGCUCCACACGUCGGUGGAAACGAGCCUGUUUUUUCCUGUUAUUGAGGAAGCAGUUAUGACUGUGAUGCUCAAGGACAAGCCUGGGCCUCCCACUCCCCCUCCCUUAACAGCACAAAAGAACCCUACCUAAGCCGUUAUCUUCACUGGGCUCUGCUAUAGCAGGUUUUGGUUGGCUGGAGGCUGGAGCGAUGCUGGGCCCCCCUCCCAGCUCUCCCACCUCCAACCUGAUAUAAAGCACGGCUCAUUGCCGCUUUUCCAGCCGACAGCACAUGACUGUGGGUGCAGGUGGUGCCACAGCUGCCUGUUGCACACCACUGCCACCGCCGUAAGGACCCGAUGAGUUGCUGGAUGCCUGGGUGCCCAGCUUUCAGCAUGUGCCAGGGGUUAGCUGCGCUCCCCAUCGCUUGCCUGGAAAGAGCCAAGGACCUGAAGACCCGCUUAGGGAUCCUGCUUCAUAAACCAGACCUGGGACACAGGACUGACGCCUCCAGCAAGCUACAGCUGGGCUCCAGGCAGAGAAAUUCUUCACAAGAAGUACUUGAAUGGAGGGAGUCCUUCGACCAGCUCCUGAAGAGUAAAAGUGGAGUGACUGCCUUCCACACCUUCCUGAAGACGGAGUUCAGUGAGGAGAACCUUGACUUCUGGCUGGCAUGCGAGGACUUCAAAAAGACCCGAUCGAAAACCAAGCUGGCUUCCAAGGCCAACAGGAUCUUUGAGGAGUUUGUCCAAAAUGAGGCACCCAGGGAGGUCAAUAUUGACCAUGAAACCAGAGAGAUCACCCGCAAGAACCUCUCAGGUGCCACCUCCGCUUGCUUUAACGAAGCCCAGGCUAAGACCCGCACUUUGAUGGAGAAGGACUCCUACCCCCGAUUCCUGAAGUCCGCCUCUUACCAGGACAUGACCAAGCAGGCCACCAGCCGUGGCAUCAGCAAGCGGUCACAUACCUGACCCAUGCCCAAAUUUGCCAUGGGGGGACAAGCUGGGGCACCAGGCAGAGACUGAGAGACAGUUUGUGAGGGCUGAGGUCUGUGCAGCAGGGUUUCGGUUGAAGUCCUGUCAAUUUAGCAGGAACCCCAAGACCUCAAGCGCUCCCUGCUUCCCACUGUGCUGCUGAGAAAAUUGCUCCUCCCUCCCUGGAGCAGCAGAGUGUGUGGGAACCCGAUGUCUCUGCUUGCAGCAUGGCUGGAGACCGGCAUCACCACAGGGACAGAAAGAAAUCAGAUUUGAGUUGCAAGCCCAGGAAACGGAGAUGGGAUUCCCCGUAGCAUCUGUAACCAGCGAGCUCCCACCUUUUCUCAGCACCCUGACUCUGAUCUGCAGCACCAGCUGCUGGCUGCAGGGCCAGCACAGGAGCCUGCAGUUCUUGCAGUGCCUGGGACAACCACCCCAGACCUGCUCACAGGGCCCACCCUGUGAGGGAAUGGACAGAAUAAAAAUCCAAAGACUACAUGGCAUUUUCAGCUGGAGGGAGCCCUUCUCCUGAUCCUGGGAUCCUUCUGCCAUUUCCUAUGCAUGCUCUGCAUCAAAGCUUUACACCUUCUUCCAUACAGCAUAUCCCUAGCGGUGAUGUUUUAAUCCUUUGCUUAAGCUAUGUGACCUUUAGAUCGCACAAAUCUUAGGUCACAUGCAGAAGUUUUUACUACUAUUAUUGUUAUUUAUUUUAUCAUUAUUAUUAUAUAUAUAUUUAUUAGAAGAGCACUGCUGAAAGCAUACACAUGUCCCUUGCUCUGAGGAGUUUCUAAAUGAAAUUAUAUUCAAUAUUGUAGUACUUAGCAUGUCUCUCAUUACUUCUGUAUAAUAACUUAAGAUUGAUGACCAGACAGAUAUGUAACAUGACUGUGGAACCAGGGACAUGAACAGCAGAGUUGCAGUCCAGCAAGGCUGCUAGAGGAGUCUAAGGUGGCAGGUAUCCUGUGAGCUUGAAGGACAACUGAUGGCAGUAAAAGGAUGCUUUGCAGUCAGUGUCGUUUCCUUUCUCCUCUAAACUUGUCCUAGACAGAGUAGCGAUGGGCACUUUGGUGAGUGAUCCUACUGAAAACUUUGUGGUUUUUUUUACACAUUUUCCCCCUGGUUUAAAAUUCAGCUUGGUGUUCCCUUGGCCACUGAAACUAUUCUGCAGCCACAGCACUUUACCAGAAACCCACGGAGCCAAGUGAAACAGCAAUGCAUGCUGUGAAUUUAGUGUCUCAGGAUGCUGCAAGAUAUUUUAGCAGCUCAGAGUUGUGGGGUGAGGUUUUCAGAAAGCACUUCUAAGCAGGGAUUUCUGGGUUCUGCAGCUGCUCUGGAAAGCUGUUGAUCCCAUUUGCCAGCAACGGUGCCAGCAGGCACUUGGGUGGGUGAUGGGGAGCUCACAGUAUCCCAUGCUGGGUCAUGAGGAACAUGCUACCAGCAUAGUUUCAUACUGAGACAGCCUGGGGCUGCACAUGUGCCUCAAUUUAUCUUUAAAGAUCAAACCUGGUGGUCCUUAUCUUGCUGGUGCUCACUACUUGCCAAGGGAACCGUCUUUCACCCACCCCUUCAAACUUCCACUGGAGCACAGGAUAACUCGGGCUUUUCGCAGCUGUUUGAGCAGAGCAAGGGAUGGAGGACCAGUUUGGGAUGUUAUUCUGAGUCCUUUUCCACUUUCCCCAUUCUGGUUCUACCUCUGAGCUUCAGUGGGUCCUGACUGGGUUUACAGGGAGAUUUUAGCUGCUUUCUUAUUUAUUAUUUAUUUUUACAACUGGAACCAGCUUCGUUGUGUUACUGAAAUGAAAGAUGCACCAUGGUCCAUUUUCAUUACUGACAUAAUAUUGUCAUUAUAAAAUAAAAUGUAAAAAGGAAAA